AUAUUCCUCGGAGGUUAGGAGACAUUCGGGGGAGAACGAUGCUGCCUAAAGGUGACGAGUUGACGGGUCGACUCCCAGCAGACGACGUAGCCGUCUGUCAAUGAAAGGCUGCCGUACGCGAGGGAGUAGGCGUGCCAUAAAAACCGUGCGAGUGCUAUCUUUCGACUCAGACGUCCGCGGCCCGGCCCACGAGUGAUAUCUCUUCUUCGUAUCCGGUUUCCUUCGAGUCUACGUGACGUACCGUUAACCCUAAACAUGUGCGGAAUAUUUGCGUACUUGAACUACCUAACUCCGAAGAGCAGGAAGGAGAUCUUGGAGUUCCUGGUGGGCGGACUCAAGAGACUCGAGUAUCGUGGGUACGAUUCUGCAGGGGUCGCCCUCGAUUCUCCAGACGGCAAGGACAUCUCCAUCAUCAAGAAACAGGGGAAGGUCAAGGCUCUCGAGGAUGAGAUUUUUCAGCGGAGCAACCUCGACCUGGACACGAAGACGAAGAACCACGUGGGAAUCGCUCACACCAGAUGGGCCACUCAUGGUGUUCCUUCCGAGGUAAACUCUCAUCCUCAGCGAUCGGAUAAGGAACACUCCUUCGUCGUGGUCCAUAAUGGAAUCGUCACGAAUUACAAGGAAGUCAAGACUCUUCUACAGCAGAGGGGCUAUGAUUUCGAGAGUGAAACCGACACGGAGAUCAUUGCCAAGCUGAUCCAUCAUCUCUGGGUUCAACAUCCGACCUACUCUUUCCGCGAGCUGGUAGAACAUGUCGUUCAACAGCUGGAAGGAGCAUUCGCACUCUGCUUCAAGAGCAAGCAUUUCCCGGGAGAAUGUGUCGCAACGAGGCGAGGUUCGCCUCUGUUGGUGGGAAUCAAGACUCAAACGAGUUUGGUCACCGAUCAUGUGCCGAUUCUCUACGGUAAAGAUGAUCUUCCACGUACCAAAGCCGAGAGCGAUGCAGUAACUCAAGAAUUCCAGCCUCUGGAAGAUAAGGAAGUCGAAUACUUCUUUGCGUCCGAUGCCAGUGCUGUAAUUGAGCACACCAACCGGGUAAUCUUCCUGGAGGACGAUGACGUCGCAGCGGUGAAAGAUGGUGCUCUCAGCAUCCACCGUCUUCGUCGUUGCAUGGACGACCCCCACGCCCGUGAAAUAACGAUCCUGAAGAUGGAAAUUCAACAGAUCAUGAAGGGCAACUACGAGUACUUCAUGCAGAAGGAAAUUUUCGAGCAACCCGAGUCGGUGGUUAACACUAUGAGGGGAAGAGUGAACUUCCAAGACAAUUCCAUCAUCCUCGGUGGUAUCAAGGAUUAUAUCCCUGAGAUCAAACGGUGUAGGCGUUUGAUGCUGAUCGGCUGCGGCACGAGUUAUCACUCAGCGAUAGCGACGAGACAAUUGUUGGAAGAGCUCACCGAAUUGCCAGUAAUGGUCGAGUUGGCCUCCGAUUUUUUGGACAGAAACACCCCAGUAUUUAGAGACGACGUGUGCUUCUUCAUCUCUCAGUCAGGAGAGACCGCGGAUACUCUAAUGGCCUUGCGGUAUUGCAAGGGUCGCGGAGCCUUGAUCGUUGGUAUCACAAACACCGUGGGCAGCAGCAUUUGUCGCGAAUCCCACUGUGGUGUCCACAUAAAUGCCGGUCCAGAAAUUGGAGUAGCCAGCACGAAGGCCUACACCUCGCAAUUUAUUUCUCUGGUGAUGUUCGCUUUGGUAAUGAGCGAGGACAGGAUCUCCCUCGGCGCGAGGCGGGAACAGAUCAUCGAGGGACUGAAGAACCUUGACGAUCAAAUUCGCCAGGUGUUGAAGCUCGACGAUAAGGUGAAGGAGCUGGCUAAGUCUCUGUUCCAGCACAAGUCCCUUCUAAUCAUGGGCAGGGGCUACAACUUCGCCACUUGCAUGGAAGGAGCUUUGAAAGUGAAGGAGUUGACGUACAUGCACAGUGAAGGUAUCAUGGCUGGUGAACUGAAGCAUGGACCACUUGCUCUCGUCGAUGACUCCAUGCCAGUGAUCAUGAUUGUCAUGCGCGAUCCGGUAUACGUGAAAUGCAUGAACGCCUUACAGCAAGUCACCGCCCGUGAGGGAAGACCGAUCGUCAUUUGCGAGGAAGGCGAUAAGGAAACGAUAUCGUUUGCCGACAAAGUUUUGGAAGUUCCAAAAACCGUGGACUGUCUUCAGGGAGUGCUCACGGUCAUUCCUAUGCAGUUACUCUCGUUCCACAUCGCCGUCUUGCGAGGGUGUAACGUGGAUUGUCCCAGAAAUCUGGCAAAAUCGGUCACCGUCGAAUAA